UUAAUAAUGAGCGCAAUCUUAAAAAAUGUAUUAAUAAACGCAAUAGAAUUGGCUGAACCAACAUCUAGCAAUAUUAGUAGCACAAAAAAAAAAUCCUGGAAAGAAAAAAAGAGUGCGUGUGUUAUGCAUUCAACACAUUAAUUAUAGGAGAAACAUCGUUAAGACAAACAACUUUUGCCAAUCUAUUUUGAUGAUGGAGGAUGAUGUUUUCUACUCCCAUUUUCGAAUGAGCCGGGAUACUUUUAAGAUAUGUAACUUUUUAAGGUAAUUUAUUUACAAUGAAUUGCAAUUAUUUAGGUUUUUCAGAAAUUGGCCACCAUGAUCAAGCCCUUUYGGAAAUUGGGCACCAAAGGUCGCAUAUUUGGAAAGUCAGCAACAACACAUCAUUCCGUGAUAUCAGCGAUCGAUUUGGGGUGGCUAUUGGUACUGCAUAUAAAGUGUUCAUAUUGAUAAUUAAUCUUAUUUGUCGAUUCAAAAGCGAGGUAAUUAAGUUACCAAAUACGCUUGACGAACAAAGGAAAACAAGCGAGAAAUUUUUAGCAAGUCGCCGCAAUCCGUUCCCAUUUGUUCUGGGUUGCAUUGAUGGUACCCACGUCCAGAUAUCCCAACCUCUUAGAGAUGAAGUCAGUUUCCAUAACCGUAAAGGAACCUACUCCAUCAUUAUACAAGCUAUUGCUGACAGUGAAAUGAAAUUUACUGAGGUAUUCAUAGGUUGCCCUGGCAGAUGUUAUGAUGCAGCAGUAUGGCAAAACAGCCCCUUUAAAAGAUCAAUAGCAAAUAGAGUUAUUGUAAUACCUAACAACUAUCAUCCGCUUGGAGAUGGUGCGUAUCCACUCGAGAUGAAUUUAAUGGUGCCCUAUCGAAACAAUGGCUUUUUAACCACACAACAAUCGAAGUUUAACGCAGUUUUGAGUUCAACUCGCGUUUUCGUUGAGCAAGCUUUUGGUAUUUUAAAAAAGAAGUUCAGAAUUUUAAAAUUUAUUGAAGUGCAGCGCCCGCAGCUUCCGAAAAUUAUUAUAAAAUUAUUUCAUAACAUAAUUAUUAUGAACGAAGGAACAGACAGCGAAAUCGAUGAAGACCUACAGGAUGAUAACGAAAAUAAUAAUACACAAGAAGCUAUACAUCAAUCAGGACAGAGAACCUGAAUCUAAAAGAGAUGCUUUUCCCACAUUUCUUUCUGCGUAAAUUUAUAAAACAAAUGCCUUAGCAAUAUUCACGCCUACACUUGAAAGUCUUUAAAACUGAAUACCAAAAAGAUUUCUAGAAAUUCUAGUUGAAUUUUUCUACUCUUUCUAAACCGUUUUAAGUUUGAAUCUAUAUUUUUUAUAUAA